AUGGACCGUUCUGGCUCCUACCCUGUGGGCUGUUCUGGCUCCUGUCCUGUGGGCUGUUCAGGCUCCUGUCCUAUGGGCCAUUCUGGCUCCUGUCCUACGGGCCGUUCUGGCUCCUGCCCUAUGGACCGUUCUGGCUCCUGUCCUAUGGGCCGUUCUGGCUCCUGUCCUACGGGCCGUUCUGGCUCCUACCCUGUGGGCCGUUCAGUCUCCUGUCCUAUGGGCCGUUCUGGCUCCUGUCCUACGGGCCGUUCAGGCUCCUGUCCUAUGGGCCGUUCUGGCUCCUGUCCUAUGGGCCGUUCUGGCUCCUGUCCUAUGGACCGUUCUGGCUCCUGUCCUAUGGGCCAUUCAGGCUCCUGUCCUACGACAGACUAA